AUGGGCAAUGAAGAGUCAACCAUGGUGGAUGAUUCCGUCGCCCCUUCUGUGCUAGACGCACGCACCAUCGAGGCAGUGGCCCGGUAUAUCAAAAAGCAUGAUGUCAAGAAAGUGGUGCUGAUGGUGGGCGCCGGCAUCAGCACCUCAGCUGGGAUCCCGGACUUCCGCUCCCCGGAUACUGGAAUCUACGCCAAUCUGGCCUUCCUAGACCUGCCCGAGCCAGAGGCGGUCUUUGAUAUUGGAUUUUUCCGAGAGAACCCCAAGCCCUUCUACGCCUUGGCGCACGAGCUGUACCCCGGUCGCUAUCGUCCAACCAUUGUGCAUUCCUUUAUCAAGUUGCUGCACGAUAAGGGCAUGCUGUUGAAGCAUUUUACUCAGAAUAUCGACUGUCUGGAGCGUCAGGCUGGUGUGCCGGGCGAGAAAAUUAUCGAGGCUCAUGGCAGCUUUGCCUCGCAGCGCUGCAUUGACUGCAAGGAGACCUAUCCAGAUGAAGAGAUGCAUGCAAUGGUGUCCAAGGGCGAGGUCCCCCACUGCCACCACUGUAACGGGCUAGUCAAACCCGACAUUGUCUUCUUCGGUGAAGCCCUCCCUUCGUCAUUCUUUGAUAGCCGGGAUCUCCCCGCCGAGGCGGACUUAUGUAUUGUGAUGGGAACCAGUCUUCAGGUGCAGCCGUUUGCCAGCCUGCCCUCGUUUUGCAGCGACGGCGUGCCCCGUGUCCUCAUCAACAAAGAGAAAGUUGGAGGUCUGGGCUCCCGCAAGGACGACGUUCUCCUCCUCGGCGAUUGCGAUGCUGGGGUCCGCAAAUUCGCUCGAGCCCUGGGGUGGGAAGAAGAAUUGGAGCGCCUGUGGGAGGAGACCAAUCCGAACCCUCAGGAUCGGGCAGCGGAGACCGCUCCCCCGCAAACUAGGGAUGAACAGCUGCAGUCCGAAGUGGAUCGCCUGACGGAAGAAGUCGACCGAACCCUGGGGUUGACAGAUGCAUACCAGAGCAAAGUCCGCGAAAAGCUGGAGUCACACGAGGCACACCGCCAGUCUGAGGGUCUAGCCCAUGUUUUCCCUCAUCUGGCCCGUAAGCUGUCACAUUGA